UAAUGCAGUUUCCAGAGAUCAAACUCAGGCUGUUUGUUUUCACCAAGCCCUUUACCCACCGAGCCGUUUCACCAGCCGUUUUCCACAUUGAGAUAGCAACUCUGUAGUCAAGGCUUACCCUAAACUCACCAUGUAGUCCAGGCUGGCCAUGAACUCAUGCCUGCCCCAGUUUCCUGAAUGCUGGGACGUAGGCUUGUGGCACAACACCCAACAGAACUGUUGUUGAGCCCUGCUGUAGGUAGCCUAGGCUGGCUCCUGUGUGGCUGAGGACGGCCUUGAGCUCCCUGACUCCUGGGAUUUUGCACAUCCGGGGUUACAGUGAGAAGGAUUGGAGCACCACUGGGACAGCUAAAGAAAACCCUAGCUCAGGUCGGCCUGGCCUGUGAGGGUCUUCAGGUGUACAGGUGGGGACAGGUGCGGGAAUCAGGACCAGAGGGUUGGCUGUACCAGGAGCCCCCGAGAGUCCACAGUUGCCCCAGGCAAAGGGGGACUGGGAUCGGAGUGACUGGGUCCCACCCAGCUUGCAGGUGGCUUGCAACCCCAGGCGCUGGCCUGUUCUCUUCCAAUCACCAAGUCUGUGGCCUGUGCUUCCUGUGUGGAGGCGCACCCCUCUGGGCUGCUGGGAAGUCUGCGUGCUGCCCUUGAACUACGCCCCUAAGGCCCCUAAGAAGAGGCGUGGCCUAGACAGGGCCUCCAGGACAGACUACACCCCUCUGGGUGGGUGGCUAUGUGUGGCUAUGUGCAUCUAGCCUGUGCCCCACCUGGUGCUAGGCCUUCUGCACAUUGACUGUGCCUGAACAGCUCUCUUCUCAGGAUUAAGGUGUGUGAUCAACUGUAAGAAUCCAGUUCUGGGCUCCCGUCUCCCCCACCCUAGGAUACUGUUAUUAGAUUGUUAUUAAAAUGUCAAGACAAAGCAUGGUGGCUCAUGCCUGUUCUCCCCACACUUAGGCAGGAGGGCCAGCUUGGGUAAGAGUGCACAGGAAGACACAUGUGCACGCUGGUCCACCCUACUCAUGCCUGAGACUAUAGUACUGCAGGUCCAAGGCUGUUCCUGCUGAUACUUGGAGAAUUCCCAGGGGACAGACCCACUUUACCCCUGAAUCUCCUGCUGGGCAGAAGCCUAUGACUGAGUUGUCCUUUGUAGCAUGGGCUUGACCUGAGCCCCACCGGAGCUGGUGGUCCAUGCGAUCUUUUCCUGUCAUAGUAUCCAGGUGUUGUGAGAAGCACGCGGGCCUCUGCUGUAGACCACAGUCCAUACCUGUACGCAGCGGUACAUGGGCUGACACCAGCUUUGUGGCUUUCGACGGUCUGUGAGUGCUGGGCAGCACCCAUGGCCCAUGGUUUCCUAAGAGCAGAGUCACCCUCACUGAGACCUGGGUCAGGAGGUCCCUUGAACCCUGAGGCUGUGUCCCUCGUGCCCAUCCUCGCCUUCAGUCGCUCCUUUCUGUGAUUUGUGCUGUAGAGAUGUCUGGGUGUCAGGCACAGAGAGCAGGGCAGUGGUUCAUUCUUCGCCCAUACUGAGUGCAUACCGACUGUCAGGCCUGUGUGCACCCCGAGUUGGUUCUGGGCUGCAGCUUCCGAUGAUUCCAUGUGCCAUCCUGUGUCAGCACGUGUCCAGUUGAGUGUGAGCAUGGUGGAUAUGGUGGCUGGGUUGGCCAUCUCUUAUGAAGUCUGUUGAUGGGUCCCCCCAGAUGGUCUUCCAGUGCUGUGGUCCAGACCCUCAGCCCUUUUCUGAGGACUGUCAGCCCAGGUGUUGGUGAGCCACCACAGUGGCUCCCUCCACACUCAGCCCCAGCUGGUCUCUGCAUGACCAGGAGCAGGUGAGCUGUGGUGGUAUUUGGGGUACCUUUCUCUAAAGACAAGGUACUGACAAGUCUGGCCAUUGCUGGUCCUAUGUAGGAGUCGCCCCUUCCCCAUUCCCAUCAGCCUCAUGGGGCAGACAUAUAUCUGUUACGAUCAUCAGAUCCCAACUUAAUAUGCAGCCCCACUGGCCAGAUAGCACCACACCUUGUAGGCGAUGCUCCUUUCCUUUCUUGGUUUGAACCCCAAAUUUCUCUAGUAGCUUUUUUCCAGGACUCAGUGCUGGGGAAUCCUGGUUUGUCAUAGCCUGGGUCUGCAAGAAACAGGAAGUCCAUGCUGGGUUGCCACUCAGGUGCAUAGCUCUGGGACUGCGGCCAGACCCCACCCACUGCAGGACUCCCAUGACGGAUGUUGUCCCUGCUUGUCCCCUCAGCUGGAUACCAGGUCUAGCUUGGGAACUGCCGGUGACGUCAGCUAGGGACUGUGACAUCACUGAGUGGAGAUGUAGGGAAAGGGCUUGGGGCCUCCAGCAGGGAGCAGCCGGGGUCCCAGCAAGAUGGGGGACCCCAAAAAGAACAGGGCAGUGGGGCACCACGAGAUUUAAGGCGGUGGGACCUGUUGGCAGAAUGUCUUCUCUCUCUGCAAGCGACCCUGAGGCCACCAAGAUGAGCACCGCAGCCAGGCCUUCGAGCACACCCGGGUGUCAAUAGCCGGGAGCCAAGGGGCCACCGGGCGCAAUGGUGUACUAGGCCGGGCGCGAGCUCAGGUUUCGCACUCGGAUCUCACGGCAGAGUCACCGUGGAGAGGCCAGGGUACCACAAACUUAUGGAUUUUGACAAGAAAGGAGGGAAGGGGGAGUUGGAGGAGGGCCGGAGAAUGUCCAAGACCGGCACAAGCCGGAGCAACCAUGGCGUCCGCAGCUCGGGGACCAGCUCAGGGGUCUUGAUGGUGGGCCCCAAUUUCCGAGUCGGCAAGAAGAUAGGCUGUGGGAACUUCGGAGAGCUUCGCCUAGGAAAGAACCUGUAUACAAACGAGUACGUGGCCAUCAAGCUGGAGCCCAUCAAGUCCCGGGCCCCACAGCUGCACCUGGAGUACCGCUUCUACAAGCAGCUUAGCACGGCAGAGGGCGUCCCUCAGGUCUACUAUUUUGGCCCGUGCGGGAAGUACAAUGCCAUGGUGCUGGAGCUGCUGGGGCCCAGCCUGGAGGACCUGUUCGACCUGUGCGACCGCACCUUCACACUGAAGACGGUGCUGAUGAUUGCCAUCCAGCUGAUCACACGCAUGGAGUACGUCCAUACCAAGAGCCUCAUCUACCGCGACGUGAAGCCAGAGAACUUCCUGGUCGGGCGACCCGGCAGCAAACGGCAACACGCCAUCCACAUCAUCGACUUCGGGCUGGCCAAGGAGUACAUCGACCCUGAGACCAAGAAGCACAUCCCGUACCGCGAGCACAAGAGCCUGACGGGCACGGCGCGCUACAUGAGCAUCAACACGCACCUGGGCAAGGAGCAGAGCCGCAGGGAUGACCUGGAGGCGCUGGGACACAUGUUCAUGUACUUCCUACGCGGGAGCCUGCCCUGGCAGGGACUCAAGGCUGACACGCUGAAGGAGCGCUACCAGAAGAUUGGUGACACCAAGCGCGCCACGCCCAUUGAGGCGCUGUGUGAGAGCUUCCCUGAGGAGAUGGCCACCUAUUUGCGCUAUGUACGGCGCCUGGACUUCUUCGAGAAGCCAGACUACGACUACCUGAGGAAGCUCUUCACCGACCUCUUCGACCGCAGCGGCUACGUGUUCGACUACGAGUAUGACUGGGCCGGGAAGCCCCUGCCGACACCAAUCGGCACCGUCCACACUGACGUGCCCUCCCAGCCACCUCAUCGCGACAAAGCCCAGCCCCACAACAAGAACCAGGCACUGAACUCCACUAACGGUGAGCUGAACGCGGAUGACCCCACCGCGGGCCACUCCAACGCCCCCAUCGCGGCCCCUGCAGAAGUAGAGGUGGCGGAUGAAACCAAGUGUUGCUGCUUCUUCAAGAGGAGAAAGAGAAAAUCCCUGCAGAGACACAAGUGAGGGUGGGUGCAGCCGCUGCCGAGUUCCCCAGGCGGUGUCCAGUAGGCUGGCAGUGUCCUUGGUGGCAUGGGGCUCUUUGGCCCAACUGCAGGCACCAUCUUCGGGGAUUUGGGGUCACUUCCUUCACACAGGACUUUGGCGGAAAUCUCUACGCCCAUGUCUCAUCCCCUUCGAGAGCAUUAACUAUUUAAAACCAGGAGAGAAGCGUCGCGCCGUCCCCGCUGCGCCCCCAUUAGCUCAUAAAGUCCAGCUUGUCCCCUCGAUCCAAAGGCCGUUUUCUCGAGUGGGGCAGGCCCGGGGCAUGGGUGUUAAAUGGGGAGGCCAUGAGGCCUUGGCCACUAGGGGAGGCACGUGUGCUACCACAAUGCUGCACCAAAGCUGGGGUGGAGCACGGGAUGGUCACCACGCAGGGACUGGACUGGGCCCCAUGGAGCCAGGGCGGCUGUGACCUGUGUCUCUGUGUGCUGGGCCCACGGGACAGAAUCGCCUUAACGCCCGAUCUGGGGCAGCAGAGAGGCGGUCCCCAUGGGAGAGCCAGGCUGUGGUCGCGGGAGCCGAGUUCUUGCUUUACAACGUGUACAGAAAUGAACUUAUGUUUCUCCGGCGCUUCCUUGAAGCCAUAGAGUUUAGGGG